AUGCAUGGCAGCUCAUUACGCCGUCCGCUCGCGGUCUUUCGCAUUAAACGCGUCUCCCCAUUCCCUCGCUACUUCUUUGGAUUGCCUCGCCACCGCGUUGCACCGUUCAAUACCGGCGGCAAUAGCAGAAGCGAAAAGCCAAGCCGCGGCGCCAUUGGAUUAGAAUGCGCAACCGUGCCUCCGCGUGCCGUUCCGCCGUUUUCCGCGCCAGGCGCGCCCCACCGCCCGUGCCAUCCGCCCGACUUUCGCGGGCCUCGGGAUGUUGCCUCCCCUGGAAAUCUGAGCCCCCCUUACUCCGCCGUUCCGCCCCGCGCCUUCCACUCGUCCGCGGCUUGCGCGCGGAAACACCGCGACAAGUGGCAGUCGAUGGCGUGUGAUGCGGACCAGGCAACAAGCAAGCACCGGCAGUAUGAGCGGCGGCAGCAGCGCGCGGCAACAAACAGGGAGCUGAGGCGGUGGCGGGGCGUGCAGGGAGGUGCAGUGAGCGUGGACGACGCGCAGUGCGUGCGGGAGACGCGGCAGUGUGGCAUGGACGUGCGUGGGCUGUGGAGUAAAGGCUCCAUGAUGCGAGAUCAUCACGCCAUGCCUCAUGCAUGGGACAGCCAUGGCGGAUCCAGGCACAACCAGCAGCAACAACGAGAGGAGGAGCAGCGGGGGAGGGAUGAGGAGGAGGGUGAUUGGACGGGGAGGGGCUGGGAGGAGAGGGGGCGUGGAGGUGGGGGUGGGAGGAAGCAGCCGUGGGUGCAUUAUUGGCAACAGAUGAAGUCACGUGAGAUUCAAGAGAGGUUGCGAGAUGGCUCUUUUGCAGCAGCUUCCUUCCACUGGGACGGCUCAUUCUCCUCCUCCUUCGCCCGCCAUCCCUCCUUUGUCCGCUUCUUCCGCUCAGCCCGCCGCAACCACCAAGCCUCCUCCUCGUCCGCCUCCUCCAAUGGCGCAGCGGGAGAUUUUCCAGGCGGAUCAGCAGAGCAUUUUGACAGUGAGGACUCGUGGAGGGGCCACGGUGGGGCAGAGAGGGACGGGGGUUACGGGGGGUGGUCGCGGGCAGAUGAGGCAGAGGCAUGGCGGAGGCAGCAGCAGGUAGAUUCGUACAUGGACACUGGAGAGGUGACAUACGAUCACCUGCGGCAUGACCACGACCAUGACCAUGGGGACUAUGAGCCGUACGGCAUGGGGCAUCAGCAGAGCGCCUACUACAAGCGGUGGGCCCCGCCGCGCGACAAUCCCUGGGAGCGGUUCGGGCAUAUCUGGCAGGAAACGGAGAGGAUUCGCGCCGAGACGGAGAGGAUUCGCAAGGAGAGGGAGGAGCGGGCGGCGAGAGGAGAUGCAGGGAGGGGCAAGGAGGAGGUGCUGAGCUGGGAGGAGAUGGAGAUGAGGCGGCUGCUGGGGCUGGCCACACAGGGGGCCCUCACCCAGGCCUCGUUGAAAGCAGCGUACCAUCGGUGUGCAAAGCAGUGGCAUCCGGACGCACAGCAUGGGUUGAAGCCAGAGGCCAGGGUUGAGGCAGAGCGGCGUUUCAAGCUCAUUUCAAGUGCCUACGAAACCCUGUCUGCGCGUCUGGCCAAGUGA